UUUUUUUUGUUGGGUUUUAUUGUUCAAUCCAUGAGCGACGCUGCCCCCGUUGAAGACGCUGCCGGCCCCUCGAAGAAGGCGCUGAAGAAGCAGCAGAAGGAAGCCGAGAAGGCCUCCCGCAAGGCCGAUGCUGCCCAGAAGCAGGCGGACGAAGCCAAGAACGAAGUUGACGUCUCGGCCGGCUUGUACGGCGUCGAGCCGAUCAACCAGUCGCAGACCAAGACCAACCGCGUGUGGACGCGCAUUGACGAGCUGUCGGCUGCCAAGCACACUGGCAAGACUGUGCUGCUGCGUGCUCGCGUGCACAACACGCGCGGCACUGGCAAGCAGGCAUUCUUGGUGCUGCGACAGCGCUUUGUCACACUGCAGGGCGUCAUUUUCGUCGGCCCCGCCGUCUCCAAGCAGAUGGUCAAGUUUGUCGCCUCGCUCUCCAAGGAGUCGUUCGUCGACGUCGAGGGCACCAUUGUCGGCGUCCCGACGCCCAUCGAGAGCUGCACACUUCACGACAUUGAGCUGCACGUCACCAAGAUCUUCACCGUCUCGUCCGCCAUGCCGCGCCUGCCCUUCUCGCUCGACGACGCCACCAACGUUGAGCCGCUGGAAGGCGUCGAGACGACCAACAGCAACAGCGAGCCCGAGGACAACCUCAUCCGCGUCGGCCUCGACACUCGUCUUGACAACCGCGUGAUUGAUCUUCGCACGACCACCAACCAGGCCAUCUACCGUCUGCAGUCGGCCGUGUGCUUGCUCUUCCGCGAGUUCCUCACCUCGCAGAACUUUAUCGAAAUCCACUCGCCCAAGAUCAUUGGCACGGCCUCGGAGAGCGGUGCCAACGUUUUCGCCGUCACCUACUUUAAGCAGCAGGCCUACCUCGCCCAAUCGCCCCAGUUCUACAAGCAGAUGGCAAUGUGCGCCGACUUUGAGCGUGUCUUUGAGAUUGCGCCCGUCUUCCGUGCCGAGGACUCCAACACGCACCGUCACUUGACCGAGUUUGUCGGUCUCGAUCUCGAGAUGGCCUUCUACGAGCACUACCACGAGGUUCUCGACAUGCUCGAUAAGCUGUUUGUCUUUAUCUUCAAGGGCCUGCGUGACCGCUACGCCAACGAGAUCAAGGCUGUCCAACGACAGUUCCCUGUGCCCGAGUUCAAGUUCCUCGAGCCCUCGCUGCGCAUCACCUUCAAGGAGGGUGUUGCCAUGCUGCGCGAAGCCGGCAUUGAGAUGGACGACUAUGAUGAUUUGAGCACUGCCAACGAAAAGCUGCUCGGCAAGCUCAUCAAGGCCAAGUAUGACACUGAUUUUUACAUGCUCGACAAGUUCCCCACUGCCGUUCGACCCUUCUACACCAUGCCCGACCCCAGCGACCCCAACUACUCUAACUCGUACGAUCUUUUCAUGCGCGGCGAGGAGAUUCUGUCGGGCGCCCAGCGUGUGCACGACCCCGUGCUGCUCGAGGAGCGUGCCAAGGAGAAGCACAUUGAGAUUUCGUCAAUCCAACCGUACGUCGAUGCCUUCAAGUAUGGCGCCCCUCCGCACGGUGGUGGUGGCAUUGGUCUCGAGCGUGUGCUUAUGCUCUACCUCGGCCUCGGAAACAUUCGUCGCACGUCCAUGUUCCCUCGCGACCCCAAGCGUGUUGCGCCCUAAAGAUUUGGUUGUUGUCCAUUCCACAACUUUUUGUUUUGCUCGUGCGAGACUAUCAUGUUGCUUCAAAUACAGUGUUUCAAUCAA